CUGAGUCAAUAGUAGACGUGUUACCAGCGAUGAGCGCACUAGACUGAUUAGAUCAGGGGGCCAGGGGAUGGCAACUUUGAAGUACCCACAGUGCUUUGCGCGAGUGGGGGUUUAUAAGGGGUGACUCUUGCGCUGGGUCCGUCACUUAGCUUUGAGAUCGCAAACGGUUAACUUGACACGUGUGUUUAUUUCUGCGCGGACACAGCACGAGUUCAACAGUAAACGAGAGUGUAGUACGCCAACACCCGAGAGAUACCCGUUGAAACACACAAUACUGCCGCCUAGAGAAACAGGACUCGCGCGCCUCUGCAACCACCACCGCCACCACAGAUUCAAAAUGACGCAGCUUACGUUGUUGGCCGUAUGUGGCUCUGUUCUCCUAUUAGUUGGUCUCACACACUGCACAGACGAACAACGGGAGAAAAGAUUAGGGGACAAUGACUUCUUCCAAGCAACGUACAACGACGCUCAAGCUAGACAGAGGCAGAGAGUAUUGCAAAGCUAUCUGGACGACAGGAUGGCAUCUGUGGGUAAAAGAGACGGACUUAAAAGGAAUUUCGACGAAGAUGUUUACCACCAGGAGGGUUUAGACAAUGAAUUUGUAAGAAGACUAAUGGCCAAAUACUUUGAUGGUGUUGCAAGACGUCGUUAAAACAGAGAGUUAAUGCACCGCUGAUGAAAUGGAUGAUGAACUUUGACCGAACAAAAUGACCACUGCUGUCUCCAAGUGACCUUUAACCUGCUCGCAGAACUUCCCCUCCUAAAAUAAUCGGCCGACUCUUGCGGCUUGCAUUAUUUCAGUUUUUAUUUUGACGAAGGAUCUGAGUAAAUCAGUUCAUAAAAACACUAAGGCAUCUAGCCCCAUUGCAGUUUAAUGUUGGCGUGGAUUUGGUGCUAUUCAGCAUCAGCACAGUAGGCAUAUCCGAACCGGAAAACAAAAUGGCGUGCGCACUGCUGCACACGCGCAGAUGAUUCAUUCACCAACACAGCAGUCGCCCUUUCCAAUUGGGCAAAAAGUGGGGUCUUUCGAUUGGGACACUUAAAUCUUUAAAGCGAUUACAAAUUCACAGCAACUAGCAUAAUCAUAAUUUUGUCGAUGGCAUUUUGUUUUGUUUUUAACUGUCUUAUAAAACACAAAAAAUCAAUUUCAAAAUCCAUAAUAAGCAUUCACAAAGCCUUCGGAGAUAAUGGCGGACACAAUGCUGUAACACUGUUAAGUUUGAGUACACGCAAACCGUACAGUGCACUCCUAUAGUGACGACCAAGGGUAAAUGCCAUACAAUCAUAUUCAUUAUAAUGACAACCUCGUUGAGAAAACCUCAAGAGAAAAAGCCAAACACAAGCCUGUGCAUGCCCUUCUACACACUAUUUGAAAACCUUCUCACUAUUGCUGACACCAGUAGUCUUACACUUUGUAGUUUUUAGAUGUUAAUAACUAUUAUUUGUAAUUAAGAGCUAUAUUAUUGCAAAUAGCCGUACAAGUGCCGUACAAAAUUGUAUGUAUUAAAAAGCUUAUGUAUUGGUUUGUACACAAACAUGAAUGCACCCACGUCAUAAUGCAUCAACACAUUUUCUGCGUGUAUUAUGGGGAGUAAGCGCUCUAGUCAAUAUAUAUAGCUCUAUGUUUUUCGACCCAACAAAUUAUAAUGAGCAUUAUUUGUAGAAGCAGUUUGCACAAAUAACUGUUAAUGUGUUGUACAUAAUACUUUCAAAAAAACGUAAAAUAAUAGACUUUGCUCGGUUGUAUUAGCUGUGAGCCUUUUGGAAAGCAAGGUUUGAGUUUCAGCUCCGCGGCAGCAUACUUCAUACACCUUUUUGAAACCUCGUAGGGCCUACCGAAAGCACACCUUUUCAGACUUAGACGUAGGCUCAGUCAGAGCCUCAAGCCCGAGCCGGAGGUGAGGUUUUCGAAAAGGUACGAUGAUGAAAUCGUGCGCUUUCAACACAAGGCUUCAUAGUGACAUGAUAAGCAUGUUAUAGUAAACGAUAGUUUCGAAAACGCACUGUUCGUUUUAAGAACAGCCUCCAUAUAACUUACACAUGUACUAUCAUUAUACAAACCAUAUGGGGGCGAACUUGCAUUCUGAGUUAUUGAGCCAUCGUAACAUGUUUCAAAUUACUUCGUUAGGGUUCUGCUGGCACCAUUUUUUGUUUAUUUAUUCAUGGCUUCAAAGUCAGUUGACCUCAGUCUAUACCAUUCUCUUAAAUGUAUGAAAGCUUAAUCAUUAAUUGGGAAAACAGAUACACCUGUUUUGCACACACAGAUGGUUUUCCCGUCUCUGUUGUGGUUAUUUUAUCAGGUUUAAGUGAUCUUUAAUGUAACUGCCAGAUUGGUCUCUUAAACAACAAUAAACCCAUUGCAAAUAAGAAAAUGUAUAAAAAAUGUGUACCAAGCGCACAGGGUGCCCGACUCGCAUUCGUUUUCUUUUUGUGGAUGUAUUAAUGAAGGAAGCAAAGACUUAAGACGCCAUUUGCGUGUUAGAUUUUGAAUAUUGUCUGGUUCAAUGACGUGCUUGGUCACAAGUCAUCGCUUAGGUUUGAAUUCAUCGACUAUCGAGACAGUUGCUAUAUCAUAAUUUAUUAUUCGAGGCAAGCUUUUGCGUAGUUAUCGUAAGACACGGUGAACACCCACACAACAUUAUGCAUGGAUGUGUAUGACACAAUGGAGGUUGCUUUGCAAAGACUUGCCCGAACCAUUUAACAUCAACUGUCUCCGUAGUCUGGGGAAUUCUAUUGUAAAGCGGUACAUUGUGACUAAACAAGUCAUUGUACCAGACAUUAAUCUCGCAAAUGGCUAAUUAUUGAGAUUCCAGAUUUGCAAUGUGUCAUAAAAGAUAACCAUAAUCAUAAACAUCAUUGGUAGUAGUAAGUGUUGUGAGUAUGGACCUUUAUCACGGCGUGGUUAUCUUGAUUUUACUCCAUUCCAACUCAUCGUAACCAUCAAUCUGAGGCGGGACGAAAUAAUAGUCUGGUUUCAUGCGCAAUGAAUGUUAGCAUUCAUUACUGUUAUUGAAAACAGGGAACAUGACCAAGAUGGUGACGGCGUGAAAAGGUCUAUAGUGCUGAUCAAAGACAACACCAUUGCUAAGACAUUCUGACUUUAAAAUCGUGCAAACAUUGUUAUAAGAAACUCUAUUUGGGCACAAUUUUGUUCACAAACAGGUGAGCUUUCCUUUAAACCAAACAAAUCUACCCCAAUGUUUUGCAAAUAUUAUAGUUGCUAACAUUAUUGUCUUGUUUGAUGAGAUUGGUAAGUAGCGUUUGUGCUAAUUAACUUUCACCUGACAAUAGGCAUCUUAUCAAAACUUUUCCCGGACAACUUGUGGAAAGGUUUUCCCGUAACCAUUUUGGAACAACUGCUGGCUCCCAGUAGAUAGCAAAUCUAAGUGCGUGUGGUUUAACCAACAUUAAACAAAUGGCCCAUAGAACUUUCAGUUUAUACAGAAUGCACAAUAUUUUGUUGAGGGAUAAAAAAUCAGCUCCAGGGAAACUUUCCCGCAACUUAUCCGGGAAAAGUUUAAAUAAAGUGUGCCUUUGUAGUAUUUGAAUCCCAAAUUAAUGUGUAGAUUGAUUUGUGUAGUUUGGAAUCCAUUGCCUGGUUUGCUAAAACAUCCUAACUCUUUCCAUUGGCGCAGGCUUGACACAAUGCACCUUGAGUUUUAAUAAAUGUUUCACCAUAAACAAAGAAAAAAAAAAAACUUAAUUAGAAGUAAAUCGGGUAACACUAACACAGCCAUACUUAAAGAAAAAAAUACAGGCCAUUUUAAAGGGACUAAUAUUUAUUUAAAAUCAGUUAAAAGUAUUAGUACAGCCAUAUUUAAAUGAUUAACGUUUCGCCCUUUAAUGAAUACUUUUAUAUAUAUAUAUAUAUAGUUAUGGUUCAUUAAAAAAAAGUUAUUGAAACAUCGGCAUCACAAAGAAA